GCAAGUAACUUCAGCAUUUAGCUAGCUUCCAUACCCAUUAAGGCAAUCAAAUCAUUGCAAUCCGACGUCAAAAUAUGGAUACCAGAUUAGCAGGCAGUGUUAUGGGAAUUCCGAUGACAUCAACAAGGGGACUACUUCUUUCUAAACCUUAUGAACCCAAUUAUCCUCUUUCUACUUCCAAAAUCAAUGGCAUAGAAAGAAAAGGCAGUUUUGCAGUCUCGAUUAAAAAUCAUGUGAGCUUAGUACCCAAAAUAAUGGAAAUUGUGAUACAAAAGUUGAGUUACGGUGCCAAAAUCCUACCACUUGGCCGUGAAGCAAAAAUCUUCAGGAAAAGUUUCGGUACCAGGGAUAGUGAGAAGUUGUUGCAUGCCACUCGAUGUUACAUAUAUACUACAGCCGGUGCGAUUGCAGGCAUCCUCUUCAUGACUACUGAAAGGGUUGGAUUUUGCAGUGACAGAUCCCUGAAAACUUAUUCUACAACAGGGGAGCUGUUAAAGUUCCAAUAUAAGGUGUCAAUUCCAUUAGAAAAGAUAAAAGGAGUUGGUGAGAGCAUGAACACGAAGAGGCCAUCGAACAAGUAUGUGGAAUUAGUAACCAUGGAUGAUUUCAGCUUCUGGUUUAUGGGCUUUCCAAAUUACAAGAGAACUCUAAGUCACCUUCAUAGGACAAUCAAUCCAGAAUGCUUAAGAAAUUGAUGUUGAACAUUAGUACCUCAAUUCCAUGUAAAUUUCAAAUAGACUAGAUUAUGUCGUAUGGUUAAAGCAUUCACUAAUGGGAACAUGUAUAUAUUUGUUGAAAGAGGAUCAAGAGACAAUGAGAAUGACUCAUUCUGGUUUUAUAUGUUCAAA